GCCGCUCUGGAGUGCGCUUGCAGGGACGCGAGAUGAAGCGCUUAACUUGGUUUGCUCUGGCUAUCACCUUAAUCGCGACAGUUUUCGCCGCGAAAACCCCGUAUCAAGCGGUUCUUCAGCACAGCAGGAUAAGAGGAAGACCUCAUGGCCCCAAUGUUUGUGCUAUGCAGAAUAUUCAAGGAACGGAUAAGAAGUACUUCACCAACUGCAAGCAAUGGUAUCACCGCAAAAUAUGUGGCAAACCAACGGUGGUCAGCUAUGAGUGCUGUCCUGGCUAUGAGAAGGUGAUUGGAGAAAAAGGCUGUCCAGCAGCUCUACCUCUGGUGAACAUCUAUAAAACCUUGGGUGUGGUUGGAGCCACUACUACCAAGAUGUACUCUGAAAGAGCGAAUUUGCAGGAGGAGAUCGAAGGUCCAGGCAGCUUCACAUUCUUUGCUCCAAGCAGUGAGGCUUGGGCUGCACUUCCCACUGAAAUUCUGGAUGCCCUGGUGAGCAACGUCAACAUUGAGCUCCUCAACGCUCUGCACUACCACAUGAUCAACAAACGCUUGACUUCUGACGAUCUUAAGCAUGGCACUUCAUUCCCCUCCAUGUAUCAGGACUUUGAUGUUCACAUCCACCAUUAUUCUAAUGGAAUUGUGACCGUGAACUGUGCAAGGCUUGUGAAGACAGACCAGCAUGCCACCAAUGGAAUUGUGCAUGUUGUUGACAGAGUCAUCACCGCCAUUACCAAUAAUGUCAACUCUUUGAUUGACACCGAUGAUGACCUGGACACUCUACGGACUGCAGUUGCUGCCGCUGGUCUCACCAGUCUUCUGGAGAACGAGGGUUCCUACACUAUCUUUGCUCCAACCAAUGAAGCCUUUGAGAAGAUCCCUCCAGAAACACUGACCAGAAUUUUGGGAGACCCGGUUUCUCUCAAAGGUACUUUUGCUCUUCUUUAUUUUCAUUUUUGUUGUCACCUGGUCAUCAUAUUUUGGUCUCGGACUUUAUUAGCUCCACUGAACGAUGCUUUUAAAGACAAGAGUUUGGCCAUGACACCCGACAUGAAGAAACUGCUGAGAAACCACAUUCUCAAGGAGAAGUUUUCCUCCAAGUGCCUUUAUCAUGGGCAAGAGCUGGAGACCCUUGGUGGAUUAAAACUUAGAGUCUUUGUGUUCAGAAAUAGCCUGUGCAUUGAGAACGCCUGCAUUGCUGCACACGACAAAAAUGGCCGCUUUGCAAAUAUGUUCAUCGUUGACAAGCUCUUGACACCCCCCAUGGGAACUGUCAUGGACGUCCUGAAGGCAGAUGAUCGUUUCAGCACUUUGGUUGGCGCCAUUCAGAGAGCAGGCCUGACCGAGCUCCUGAACGAAAAAGGGGCCUACACCUUCUUCGCCCCCACCAAUGCUGCCUUCAGUGCAAUGCCCCCCGCCGACCUCAACAAACUCAUGAGAGACCCCAAGGAGCUGGCAAACCUUCUGAGAUACCACAUUGGUGAAGAGUUCCUGGUCAGCGGCGCUGUGACCCCACAUACCAGAAUGAAGCCCCUGACAGGAGAGAAACUGGAGUUAGGCGCUCUUAACUCCACUGUAUACGUGAACAGGGUGCCUGUUGUCGAGGCUGAUCUGAUGGCUACCAAUGGAGUCGUACAUGCUGUUGAUGUAAUCGUAAAACCACUGCCUCCUAAAAUUGUGAGUGAUCAGGCUGAAGGCUCAACAAUCAGACGCACCUCUGCUGUGAGGGCUGGGUCUCAAGUACUGAAAAAUGAUGAUCUCUUCCAGAAGGUCCUGAGAAGCCAGAGCAGCAGAUCAAUGUCUCGUGUCCAGUAAACAUAGCUCUACAAAGUAAAACUGUAGUUCAUUUGAACCUCCACCACUUCAAAAGGAUGGAAACACACAGUGGAGAGAUAAUUAAUGGCUAAGAAAAUCCAGGCAACAAAAUACAUAAUGCUGAAAAUGGAAAACAGUUCAGCAUUGCAAGAUUGUGACUUUUUUCAUGUGCCAAAGGCCCUUGGAUGAAGAGCGGGGAUUUCUAAAUAUCACAAAUUGAUGACAGCAAAGUUAUGGCACUUCAUAUGUUUUGGAUAUUCAUUCGACUUCCGUUUUGGAAUUUCAGUCUGAAUUAUUUGAAUCAAAUGUUGGUUCAACACAUUUUUUGUUAACAUUUUGUAUUUCUUUUUAUUGUUUUUGUAAUGAUUUGGUUGUUGCAUUUGAUAUACCUGUAGCAUGUUUGCAUGGUUUAAGCUGGAACAAAUGCUAUUUGGGCACAUAAAAAAAAAAACACAGACCAAAUUUAUGUCUUCGUUUCCCAUGGUCUAUAAUGUAAACUUGUGCAGAUUAUUUGUUAUGUUACACCAAAGAUGUUUUGUGAAGAACCAAAGAUCACUGUCUGCAUAUUUUAAAAUAGAAUGACCAUUUUGUAGCCACAGAGUUAUAGUUUACAUAUAACUAGCCAGUGCCCUUGAAUGUAGUUUGCUCUGUCUGUUACAAGCCAAUUUGUCAGUUCACUGAGCUGAAUUCACAAUGUGGUGGAUUGUCAUAAUGUGGUGAUUAAUGUGUGGCAAUUAAAUGUCUCACUCAGA